AUUUUAACAAUAAAUGGAUUAUGAUGAUUUAUUUCGUUUAUUGCCAAAACCACCUAAAAAAUGGACAACAUAAGAAGUACUAGUCUGGUUAAAAUAUAUUGGAUAUACUUAAUUAGAUACUUAUUUUGGUACUAAUUUAAAUUAGAUUGUUUAGUUAAAGAAUGUGUUGAUGGUUCAUGUUUGGAGAUAUUAACAGAUCAAGAUCUUUUAGAUUUAGGAAUCUCUUCUGCUUUAUAAAGAAAGAAACUUUUGUAAUGUAAAUAUAUUAAUCAUAUAAUACAGGGAUAUAAAUUGGUUUGAAAGAAUUUACAAAUUAUUGUAAAACACAUACCAAAAAUGAAAUUACUCCAUAGACGGAUUAAACCUUUAUGGAAGUUCAAUAAAUUUCAUCUCCUAGAGUUGAAAUAUCUUAAUAAGAUAGAUUACCUUUAAAAGACAUUCAAGAUAGAAUAUUAUAAUCAAGACAUGAAUAUGAUAUAGAAAUAGAUGAAAAAACAACUAUGGGAUAAAUUCCAAUUGAACCUCUUCCAUCACCAGGAACAAGAUAAAAGUAAUAAUACAUCUUCCCUGUUUAAAAAUCUCAAUCCAAAAUAACUGAAGAAGAUUUAGCUAAAUAGGUUUAACAUAGCAAUAAAAAAGUAAAUAUAUUUUUUAAAUGAGAAUAUAUUCGCUGAGUUAUAAUUAGAACCAAUUAAAAAGUCUAUUAUUUUGAGUCCUUAAAAACAACAAUAAUAAGAUUCUGAUUAUUAUUUGCCUUAAUUUGGUACUCCUAGAUUUGAUAAAUAAGAAAAAAAAGAAUAUUAAGAAAUUACAUAAAAUAAUUAGUAAUAAUAAUAAUAAUAAUAAUAAUAAUAAUAAUAAUAAUAAUAAUAAUAAUAAUAAUAAUAAUAAUAAUAAUAAUAAUAAUAAUAAUAAUAAUAAUAAUAAUAAUAAUAAUAAUAAUAAUAAUAAUAAUAAUAAUAAUAAUAAUAAUAAUAAUAAUAAUAAUAAUAAUAAUAAUAAUAAUAAUAAUAAUAAUAAUAAUAAUAAUAAUAAUAAUAAUAAUAAUAAUAAUAAUAAUAAUAAUAAUAAUAAUAAUAAUAAUAAUAAUAAUAAUAAUAAUAAUAAUAAUAAUAAUAAUAAUAAUAAUAAUAAUAAUAAUAAUAAUAAUAAUAAUAAUAAUAAUAAUAAUAAUAAUAAUAAUAAUAAUAAUAAUAAUAAUAAUAAUAAUAAUAAUAAUAAUAAUAAUAAUAAUAAUAAUAAUAAUAAUAAUAAUAAUAAUAAUAAUAAUAAUAAUAAUAAUAAUAAUAAUAAUAAUAAUAAUAAUAAUAAUAAUAAUAAUAAUAAUAAUAAUAAUAAUAAUAAUAAUAAUAAUAAUAAUAAUAAUAAUAAUAAUAAUAAUAAUAAUAAUAAUAAUAAUAAUAAUAAUAAUAAUAAUAAUAAUAAUAAUAAUAAUAAUAAUAAUAAUAAUAAUAAUAAUAAUAAUAAUAAUAAUAAUAAUAAUAAUAAUAAUAAUAAUAAUAAUAAUAAUAAUAAUAAUAAUAAUAAUAAUAAUAAUAAUAAUAAUAAUAAUAAUAAUAAUAAUAAUAAUAAUAAUAAUUAUAAUAUUAAUCACCAAGUCUAUAAAAACAUUAGUUAAACAUUAAAAUAAAAAAAGAAGGAUUACCAACUUAAAUAAAACUAAUAACUAAAAAUGCUACAAUAGGAAGAAAUCCAGAAAAUGACAUCUAGUUAAAUCAUGAAUCUGUAAGUAGGACUCAUGUUUGGGUACUUUAAAAAAUUUAGUUUAGCUCACUUUUAAAGAAAAGUAGUUUUAUUUACAAGAUAGAGGAAGCUUAAUAGGUACAUUUAUACUUUUAGAAACGAAAACUCAAAUUAUGCAGGGUUAUAUAAUUUAGAUGGGAGCAAUAGAAGUAAUAGUGUAAAAUCUCUAAAUAAAUGGUUAAUGUAAAAUUAAACUUAAAUUAUUUAAGAAUGCAAUAUUACUUUUGCUUCUCAAAUGGGAUUUGUUUAAUUUACAUUAUUAAAUGGGAAAUCUAAAAUGAUUGGAUCAUAAACUUUUGGAGAUCAGUCAAUGGCAUGUGAUCAUGCAUUAUUAGAAUUCACUAGUGAAGGACUUAGUAUAGAAGAUUAAAAAACUUCUAGCGGGUAUAUUUAUAAAUUUAAAUAGAACUUGGAUGAGAUUAAGCAAAUCUGGUGUUUAAUCAUAAAGUGUACCUCUAACUAGAAGGAGAGUCAUCAAAAUUGCUGAAUAUAUACUUAUUAUAGAACCAGAAUGA